AUGGGAGAAAUUACCGAUGUUGAAAUGGCGGAAGAAGAACAAUGGAUCAAGAGUGUCACAUUUGAUGCACCAGGAACCGCAUAUCUAGAAGGUCUAGCGGGACCAGGCUCUUCACGCAAUGUGAUCAUUCUGCAACCAAAGCCUACCUCAGACCCAAACGACCCGUUGGUGAGACAUUUGGAUAGGAAAGUCGUGGAGAAUGCCCAUGUUGACCCCGAUAUACAGAAUUGGUCAUUCCAUCGAAAAUCAUUGCACUUUGCUAUCGCAUCAUUUUUUACCAUGUUGGUUUUUGCUUUGAUUGACAUCGGCCCUGUGAUCUGGCAAGACUUUGAGGAUCUGCUUCAUAUUUCAUAUCCUCAGCUCAACAACCAAUAUGCUGUGAACUGUGUCUCUCUCGGCCUAGGAUCAGUCAUACUUGUGCCCUUGGCCUUGAAAUUCGGGCGUCGGCCUAUUUAUCUCUUGACUGCUAUGGUUGUCUUGAUUACCGCGAUCUGGCAGGCAGUGCUCCGUGACCUCGCAAACAUGAUGGCUGCACAAGUAUUUAACGGGAUAGCUUGCGCUGUUGGCUGGACUUUGGUUCCUAUCACGGUCUUUCUCGCUCCAGUCGCCGCGGGAUAUAUAGCUGAUAGUCAAGGCUGGCCCUGGAUCUAUUGGUGGUCAGCUAUUUUUGUGGCCGUGGAUUUGCUUCUGUUUAUUUUCGUCUUCGAAGAAACAAAAUUCUCGAUCCACACAAUUGCUGGGUCGGAGACCAGGGCCCCAGCAUCCGCUCAGGGCACUGGGACUGCCAACACGGGUGAUAUUUCCAAGAGGACAGACCCAGUAGACCCUCGAAGCCAGCCGAUAGCAAACACGACAGCGUCAGUGGGGCCAUAUGAGACGGAUUCCUGGAUAGACCAUUCUAUUCCUCUGAAAACCCAGCGCCAACGCUUAGCGCUAUUCACGACAUCCGCCGGGCCCCCCGGCCAGUUUAUGCAACACGUAUACCUACCAGUUCAAGUCCUCGUGACUAUACCAGCCGUUGCCUAUGUGAUGGUACAGUAUGGCUCCGCUUUGGUAUGGUUCACGGUAGUGGCCACGACACAAUCAGAAUAUCUCGCCUUGCCGCCCUAUAACUUUGGAACGACAGGUAUCGGUUUGUUGAACUUGCCGCCGUUCAUUGGAUCUGUUUUUGGAUGUGUAUGGGGAGGUCCUGUGAGCGACUGGUCCAUCAAAUUCUUCGCUCGACGAAAUGAAGGUAUCUACGAGCCCGAAAUGCGGCUUUACAUUUCCCUUGUCCCCGGAAUAGUGGGCCCCGCGGGUCUAUUCCUGUAUGGAUAUAGUGUAUCGGAGGGCUUGCCGUGGAUCUUUCCCUGCCUUGGCUUCGGGUUAUAUGGGUUCAGCAUGGCUGCACUAAUUCCAAUCGCCCUGACCUACCUCUCUGACUCAUAUAACAAAAUUCUCGGAACUGCUCUGAUCGGUGUGAGCUUCGCCCAGUACAUGUUUGCAACAAUCGUCAUCUUUGCGCUUGAUCCGUGGAUUAGGAGCAUGGGUUUGUACCACACCUUCACAGUAAUUGGAUGUCUGGCAGUCGGAUGCAAUUUGCUAUGUAUCCCGAUGAUUCUCUUUGGUAAGAAGUGGCGAAUCUCUUGCAAAGCACAAUACGAGAAGAUCGCAGCCGUUCAAUUUGAUGAACGAGGUGUUUGA